GGAGGCGACGGUGAAGCUAGCUGAUAACAAUCUAUUGUUAACAGAGUCCAAGCAAAAUGUCUGCCCUGCGCGUUUCACAGUAGCAGAUAAGAGCAGGCAGACAAGAUCUUGUGACUGGCAGAUCACUAGGCCUCAGAGUGAAACCUUUGAGAAGAACAAUUGAAAUCGGCGCCAAGUCCAACCUGCAAUGUCCGAAACCGUCCCUAGUCAGCCUUCCGAUAGUCUGCUUCAUUCUGACGUGCUGUUCCGUGUGUUGGGAGGGGACGCCAUGCAAAUCCUGAGGUGUGGGAUAUGCAUGGAAUUUUUCGACGUACCAAUAGUCUUACCGUGUGGACAUACUUUCUGCCUUCAAUGCCUGACAGAGAUGUGCAAACAUGCCAGCCGAAACUGUGUGCUGAGCCCGCUCAAAGAUCUGAGGAUAGGAUGCCCCAACUGCCGAGUACUGAUUUACGCCUCGCCCAUACUGGAGCGCAACGUUACGUGCAACUUCAUCAUACAGUCGUUCAUCGAGUGUCUUAGGGCGAGGGAUGGGCGGCAAAGGCUCAGCACGGGAGUCAACACUGAUGAAGUGAGGGUGGGGCCAAAGAUUCGGGCCGUCAGUGACUUGGAGAUACAGAGGGUGAUUAAAGAGGUGGACCGACUAACGGACUCAUUGGGGAAGCGGAACGUUCUCGACAACGCUUAUUUUGAGGUGGAUGAGAUCAGGAGGCAAUAUCUUGCGGAUGAGGCAAAGAGGCAGGAAGAGGAAGAAGAACAACUCAAGCAUAAAACGUGGAAUCAAAACCGAGGUACUCACGUGGUUUCCAGUCAAUUACGUCAUCAACAGCCAUUUUUACAACAACGCUCCAGACCUUUCACCUGGGAUUUGAUCAACAACCAGUCGAUGACAUUAUCAUCAUCAUCUCCGUUUCAACAGCAACUCAGCAUACAACAGCCCAGUUUACAACAGCACAGCUCACAACAGCCCUGUUUACAACAGCAACUCGGCUUACAACAGCACAGCCUACAACAGCAACUCAGCUUACAACAGCCCAACUUACAACAACCUAACUUACAACAGCCCGGCUUACAACAGCCCGGCUUACAACAGCCCGGCUUACAACAGCCCGGCUUACAACAGCCCGGCUUACAACAACCUAACUUACAACAGCCCGGCUUACAACAGCCCGGCUUACAACAGCCCAGCUUACAACAGCCCGGCUUACAACAGCCCGGCUUACAACAGCCACAGCGACCAACUCAAUAUCCCAACCAACUCCAACAACAGGCGCAUCCACCGCCCCAAUCGGCGCACCCACCCCAGCAGACGGUGCACCCACCCCAGCAGACGGUGCAUUCUCUGCCACCCCCGCCAACAAGUCAAAACCAACAAGCAGUUCAACCUAACGCCUGCCGGCUAUCCCAACAACAACAAGUGCCACCCAACUUAUGUCGGAUAUCAAAAAUGGCGACUGUCCUUCCGCUGCAGCGAUGCCCGGAUGUGGGUCACGGCUCGGGGCAGCAGAUGGAGGCGCACUCUCGUCUGGACAACGACCCGGCCAUCAUGUCCUACUCGUACAAGGCGGCGGCAGCGGCGGCAGGCAACAAAUGACGGCAACCAUCAGACUGCGUCUCUCCUUGCCGUCAUUUGUAUUCGCCUCGAUAAGUGUAUGGGGAUUCGUGGCACGGAACAUCACUUCUAUGUCGAAGCCGAACCUCGCAACUAAACAGCAACGAUCACACAUGUUGAAAGCAUCGCACACUUCACACUCUUCUACUUGAGCUGUCUUGUCACUUUGUGUCCAACUUGAUGUCAGGAUAUCAUCACACAACAUCAUUCACCAAGCUACGCAGGCCACGACAAAUUGUCCACUCGAGUUCUUUCCCUUUUAUGUUAAAACUUAUUCUUUUGGAAAUUUUCUAGACAAAUGUAUUUGUGUGGGAAGGUUUACAUACUUUCAGAUGUUAGCACUGGAUAGCACCCAAGGAUCUAUGGUGAUGACAAUAAAAUGUUAUA